AUGCCGCAACCAUUAAGAAUGGUUUACGAUAUAAAACAAAAGGUAGCUAAAUGCUUCGAGGCGAAGGACGCGUUCUCCAGGUAUACGAGUGACGUUAUUGCGAGCGCGGCUUAUGGGGUGAAAUUCAAUUCGAUGAACGACAAAGAAAACGAAUUCUACUCUCACGGCAAGACAGCCCUCUCUUUUACAUUUUUGAGCACCAUCAAGUUCGAACUCUUGACAUUGUUCCCGAGACUCAUGCGCCUGCUCGGUGCCACGUUUUUCCCCCGCAGGACUGAUGAAUUUUUCAAAAACAUCAUCAAAGGAACGGUAAAGAUAAGAAAAGAACAAGGCAUCGUCAGACAGGACAUGAUCCACCUUUUGAUGCUAGCCAUGGAAAGGAGGGACGGGAUCGAGGUGACGCUCGACGACAUCGUAGGCCAAGCUUUCUUCUUCUUUCUGGCUGGCUUCGACACCUCCUCCAGCCUAAUGUGUUUUAUAGCUCAUGAGCUGGCAGCCAAUCUCCAUAUCCAGGAAAGACUGUACGAAGAAAUCGAAGAGCAAACGAGGGAGGACGGUGGAAAAGUCACCUACGACUCCUUGUCGAAAAUGAAAUAUCUGGACAUGGUAGCCAGCGAGACGCUGAGGAAGUAUCCGGUAGCUCCGUUCACCAAUAGAGUCUGCACUAAAGAUCACGUACUCCCACCGCCGAUGGAGGGAUACCCAGAGUGUAGCGUAGAGAGAGGGAUGGUGCUGUUGCUACCGAUUUUCGGACUGCAUCGAGAUCCGAAAUACUUUCCCAAGCCCGAUAAAUUCGAUCCCGAACGAUUCAGUGACGAGAAUAGGAGCAAGAUCGAGCCGUACACCUACAUGCCUUUUGGCAUUGGGCUAAGACAGUGUAUAGGCAACCGUUUCGCUUUGAUGGAAGCGAAAAUCGUGAUCAUUGAUUUAGUGAGAAAGUUCGUCAUCAAGUUCACCGAGAAGUCGCGGGACCCCAUUAUUUUUGGCUUGUCGAAUUUUAAUUUGACGGCCAAAGAUGGGUUUUGGCUCAAACUGGAGGAACGAAAGAAGACAAACUGAACGCGAAUAAUCUAUUUUACCCCUCUUUGUUUUACGAAAUUCACCUCUAAGUCUUAUGUGUCGUAAAACUAUACAUAAACAUUUAUCAGUCUUGUGGACAUUACUGCCGUUAUUGGUUUUUUACAUGAUGUUAAUUUACUUGAAUUGUAAAAUCUAAUACCAAGAUUUAAUAACAAAUACAAAGUUAUUGAGUCAUUUGUAUAUUUUUUCAAACAACAUUAAUGAAUAGUUUGAAAUACAGUCCUAAUGAAAAUGUCA